CUUGUCACAUGUGUAAAGGUUAGGUUCUAAACAAGUGAAAUAUUAGUAAAGUUUUGUUAUUUUUGUGAUAAAUAUAAACAAAAAUAAGUGUUAUAAACAAUUAAAUUCUUUGUUAUUAAUAAUUGCAAGUAUACAAAAUUCUUUGUAAUGAUGUAUUUAAUAUUUUAUUCAAUUUCUGUUGUGUUUAAUGAGCUAUAUAUAUUUGAACGUGGAAGUAGAACUCAGAAGUUUUUAAAGUUAUGGGCGUUAUAAGUUUUAUUUCAAUUAUGCAUUAUUAGUAUAAUAAUGAGAAAAUAUGACGCAUCAGAUUAUUUUAAGUUAUUCAUGGCGGAAAAAGAUCCAUUUUUUUCCAAUGAUAAAUUAAUGCCAUAAGGAUAAUUUCAUGCUCAAGAUAAAAUAGCAGAAAAGUUGAUAUAUAUAUAUAGUCUAUGGAUACAUAUAUAUGAGGACAGGAAAUAGAAUGGGCCCAAUAAUAGCGUUUCAUGCUUAAUUGAAGCGACAAGAGAGUGAAGCCGGUUAGAGCAUUUACAGUUAAAGAGAGUGUCGCAGAGAAAAAACGACGGAAUUGGAAUUACUAAAUUAUUAUUGGAAUAAGAGAAAAACUUCGGCAAAAUAGUUGAUAUUUUUUUUUUUUUUUUUUGGGAAAAAAUUUGUUCGUCUCUCCCAUAUCCAGUCCCAUUCAAUCCUGGAGGAAAACGACAAGGAGGUACAGGUACUCCGCUGACUCAUCGCUAUAUAAGUGAUGAUUAUUAUUAUGACAAAUCGAGUAACAAUGACGCCAGUUCUGAUUCUUUGGAAAGAUUUUCCCUAAUUCCUCAGGAAAAGUGGCGUACAUAUACGGUAUUACCGGUUGCUUUGCUGCCGGCUGCCGAGGGCAUGUCUGCACGAUCUCAUCACAGAAUUCGACAGUCCUCGGUGGGACUGGAUGAUGCUGGUAUGGAUUUGCAAGCUGCACAGCUUCGCGCCCGUACCAAUCAGGAGGUUAGCUCAACAGUAUCUCUAUCAUGGCUAGAUUGGCAAUUGUCCCUUUUCAUAGUUUUCUGCGCCAUCGUUGGCGCAAUUCUCUUCACUUUUCUGAUUCUCUUAUGGCUGCGAAAGCAAAUGUCGCGUGAAAAGGACACUGAAGAUGGUGAUAUGCGAGGAUUGGUAGAAGAAGGAGGAGCAGUUUGUUCUACAGAAAAGGCCAGUAAAGAUAAUAAGGAUCCAAUUGAAGCACAGUGGGUUCAUCAAUCUGUUCUUAAGCCGCCUGUACCCAUUCAGCCAAUUCGGCCUGUUCCUGAGACGUCGGGCAUGGCAGUUUCACGACAGAUAAUGGCAGUUGCAACGCCAGAAAGAAGACCCGAAGCAAUGCGUAUCAGACCGAAAGGAUUACUUGAGCGACGAGGUUCGAGCGCAAGUUUAACCAUUGAAUUGACACCUGCACCUGAGAGUCCACCGCAUGUGGUGACACCAACUCGUGAGUGUACAGCUGAAGAAUUUCUUCUAAGCGCUGGAAAUAUUUUAUCGAGAGUACAAUUGAAAAAAGCAAUCAGUGAUCCAAGUUCUCUGCACAAAGAAUUUUGGGAAGUACCAUUGAAUCUUCCAGAGAAAGUUGAUGUCUGUGGAUCGGGAAUUAAAAAUAGAUAUCGCUCGGUAUUGCCAAAUUCACAGACACGUGUUGUCUUACCAGGCUCUGAUGAUCCAUUAAACAGUUACAUUAACGCAAAUUAUAUUCGCGGUUAUGAUGGUGAUAAUGUUAGGUAUAUUGCAACACAAGGACCAUUAGUCAACACAAUUGAUGACUUUUGGCGAAUGAUUUGGUCGGAAAGAUCUCCUGUUGUUGUAAUGAUAACGAGAUUGCAUGAGGCAGCCAAGACAAAAUGUGACGCAUAUUUUCCAGUUGAGGAAAAUAGCAGGAUAAAUACUGGAUCUUAUGAAAUUAUGGUCAUGUCUGUGGUUAGCCGCGAUGGCUAUACAGUUAGAGAUCUUGAAAUUAGGCAUCAAAGUGAACGACGAAAUAUUCAGCAUUAUUGGUAUGACUCGUGGCCAGAUCAUGCUGUGCCACAAGAAGCUGAUACGCUCGUUAGCUUAGCUGCGGAAGUAAAUAAUUUAUUGGGACCCAUAGUAGUUCACUGCAGUGCAGGAAUCGGAAGGACAGGGUGUUUCAUAGCAUUAGCAAAUGGAAUGACUCAGCUCAUCAGAGACGGAAAUGUUGAUGUUUUAGGCAUUUUAUGUCAAAUGAGGUACGACAGAGGUGGAAUGAUACAAACUGCCGAGCAGUAUGAAUUUGUACAUCGAGCCUUAUGUCUCUUUGAACAAACACUUGACAACAAAAAAUCUGUUUCAAAUGACUGAAACAGGGACGAUUAUAGAACUGAUAAUACAAAUCUAGCCUUUGCUAAAAUAUACUUUCUAUUACGUCCACGUAUGUGCAUCUCUUCUGCAUGAGGAAAACAAUCUCCAAAAAAAAAAAAAAAAAAAAAAACUUACUUUUUCUAUUAGUUGGAGAGAAAGAGGAUGAGAGAGAAGAGAAUGAGAGUGAGAGAGAUAGAAAAAUAGAGAGAGUAUUAAAGUCUCUCCCCUUGUUUUUCAUUCUAAUGAGCGACUGGCUCAUUAAAAAAGCUGCCAUUUUUAAACUGCCAUGACGAAUCUUUGACAAUUAAUAUCAGUCUUUAAAAAAAAAAAAGCUCAAGUGAGUUUAAAAGCUUCAAUAAUAAUGGAUUAUCUGUGAUUCGACGAAUACUGCUUCUCCAUGCGAAUCAAAUAUUUUUAUUCACGAGGUAAUUGACAUAUUUAUAUAUAUAUUUAAAAAAAAAAAUGGUGUUCAUUUAAAUAUUAAAAAAAAAAAUGAAUGAAGCUUUAACAUCAAAUGGAAAAAGAAAUCACUGGCAGUCUAUGUAUUUAAUGAACAUUUUUAGUUUCAUAUUUUUCAAGUUGUUUAAAUUUAGACAUUUUAUUAUUUCUUAGUUCUUCAAAUAUCGUUGAAUUUCUUGUUUCCAUUUAUGAGAAAUAUCUUCCAAUCGACUUGUAGAUGUAAUUUACAGAAAAUUUCAGGGAAAGUGAGAUGUUUUACGAUAAAUAUAUUAUAUAUAGAGAGAGAAAACAAAAUGAGACGAGGAAAACAUUAAAGCUAUUCAGAUUUUUCGUGCUCAGAUAUUUAAAAAAAAAAGCAUUGGGUGUAUUAUUAUUUAGUCGAUCGUAUUUAAUUAAUCAAUUUUCGUAAUUGAAAAUUAUCUAUUUUAAUUAAUGACAAAUCUGUUAAAAGUAAAUUUAAUUCAAAAUAAUUUAAAAAAAAAAUUAAAAUUCAUUGAUUUUCAAAGAAUUUGAAAGAAAUUGUUUAUUAGAUAAUAAUUUUUAAUUAAUAUCAUCGAUUUAAAUAAUAUGUCACCCAUAUUUGCUAUAUUUUAAAUCGGGUAAAAAAUUCGGGACCCAUAAAAUGAUAAUCAUCAGCUUUUAUCUUUCAUCCAGUUCCUAAUUGUGUUUUUAAGCUAACGGUCAUGACUUUUCUGAUUAUCUUAUAAAUAUAAUAAUAUUUAGCAACAAAGACUGAAUGCAUGUAUAUGUAAUACAAUGUAAUUAUUAUUAUUAUUAAUAUUAUUUUUAAUCGUUCCAAAUUUUACAUAGAGUAGCUCGAUUUUGAACAGAUCGUGACUCAAUGGCUAGAGAGACACGAAUGAACUGUUGAUAAUUUGAAUGUUGAAAAAAAUUCCUCUUGUAGGAAAAAAAAAUAAUAAUUAAGUGUUGAGGAAAAUUUGUUUAUUUCCAAGAGUGAAAAAGAAAGGUUCUUAUUCUUCGAACUGUUUCAAACUCAAUCGAUGUUGAGAUAAUUUUUUUUUUUUUUGUUUUAGUUGCCAUGAUAUCAUACUUAGAAAAUAUUUCCGAAUAUUUUUAUUAAUUUAUAAGGCGUUAAUAUUUAUCUCUACAAUACAAUCUCUUUAUUACGAUUUUUGAUAAGAUAUAUAAAUAUAUAUAUAUAUUAUAUAUUGAAUAUUAUAAUAAUAAUAAUAUUAUAAUAUAAAUAUAAUAUAUAUUGUUUUUUUAUUCUGUUUAAUUUUACUAAAGUACUAUAUAAUUAUAAUUGGAUUAAAUUGAAAUAAAGAUAAUUAAUAUGAGGAAAAAGUAAAUGUUAGUGAUAAAAUUUUUUAGUAAAAUUUUUUUAAGAUAGUUUGAAAAAAUUGAAUUUAAAUUUAUAUUUUAUUAAUUUUAUGAAUAGUAAUAAAUAAUCGAUUGUAUUUAAAAGUGUAGAGAAUCUCAGUUUUUUUUUUUUUUUCUUUUUUUUUGUAGAAGAUUUUUGCUGCGAUGUUAAUUUCUCUUUAAUUUUUUUUAUUUACAGUACUCGUUAUUAUUUUUGUUUAUUAAUGAGAUGCACCGUAUUUUUAAUAAUCAUUUUAUUAAUGCUAUUGCAUUCAUAAAUUAUAUAUAAAUAUAUAUUAUAUUAUAUAAAUGGAAAAAAAUGAACGAUCUGAUCCCUGUUUUUUUUUUUUUUAAACGAGUGCUGAGUAUUACUCCUCAUUUUUUUAAUUUAAAAAUUGUAAAUUAUCUUCGCGCUGCUUAAUCAAUUAACUCUAAUAAAAUGAGUGCGAAUGAAAGAUUGUGAUAUACAUAUGUGUACAUAUAUUGUACAAAGAACGAUAUAAUAUAUUCAUAUUAUCUAUAUAAAGAAAAUUAAGAGAGAAUAUUUGUGUAAAUGAUUGAAUUGAGAGGAUAAAUUAUUUUCGGGUGCUCGUCAAGACUCAAAAAAAAAAAAAAAAAGUAAGGAAACAAAGUAAAGUAGAAAAUUAAGGAGAAUUAAACCAAUAUGGUAAAAAUAAUAAUUAUUUUAGCGACCCCUCGGUGUUCAUUGUACUUAUGUGACGUAAAUAAAUGUUUAUAGUGUAUAA